GAAUUCUCAGGCUAGUCAAUACUGAACAUUGCAUUCCUUACAAUCAAUUCUCUGCUACAAUCAAGUGUGAAAAACCGAUUAUCAAGAUGUAUACGAAGUGUGCCUUGGCCUUUUUCCUUGCUGCUGUCGUUUUCGUAACGUAUGCACCACCGCAAGCAUACGCUUACGGCUAUGCGGCAGCUCCAAAUAAGAGCCAUAAUAUGAUCGCUGGCAGCAGAAUCCCAGGAGACCGUCUGGUGCAUCGCGAGUACGUCAUCAAAUCGUCAUCACUCUGGCAGAUCACCUCGAUUCAAAAGAUCUUCAGAGCUCCGAAGUUCGAGAGAAUCACUCAGGUUGUUGCUCUGGAUCUAAGCGCCAAUGGAACUGGGGCCUACGCUAGUAUCGUCAAAGGUGGGCCUGGGAUGAACAAUGUCACCAUGAAAUUCAAGAGCCAGAGGAAUCAUGGCAUCAAAUUCCAGGUUGAGAUUUACUCCAGACGUUGAAUUGUAACUUAAAGGUGAUAUGAGGAAUUAUUUCGCCUCUUCGUUCUUAUCGCAUGAUGUAUGAGUUGUGAAAGCAUAAGUCAAUAUUUCCCACUUCUCGCUCAAUCACCUUGAAUAAAGCGAAUGCUGAUAAUGAA